GAGAAAGUUUGGGUCAACUCCUGGGAAACUUUUUCGACCGACAUCAAACUCCACACGCCGCCCGCGUGAAAGCACCGCGCGGACGACAGAGCGCGCGCGCAGGGGACUCCAACCAAACUCCAGCAGCAGCAGCAGCAGCAGCAGAUUGAGAGUGAGCAGCAGAAAUGGAGAAACUCGUGCUCCCGCUUCUCACCGCGAUGCUGUGUCAGUGGUGCGGUGCUCAGCAGAGAGGACUGUUUCCCGCCGUGUUGAACCUGGCAUCCAUGGCAGAUAUCUCGGCGAAUGCCACGUGCGGUACAAUGGGUCCGGAGGCGUUUUGUAAGCUGGUGGAACAUGUACCUGGUCAGCCUAUUAGAAACGCUCAGUGUCGAAUCUGCAACGAUAGGAACCCGAUUGAGCGUCAUCCCAUUGAAUAUGCCAUUGAUGGGACCAAUCGUUGGUGGCAAAGUCCUUCCAUCAAGAAUGGGAUGGAGUAUCACUCUGUGACCAUCACUCUCGACUUAAAACAGGUUUUCCAGAUUGCCUAUGUGAUUAUAAAGGCCGCCAACUCACCUCGGCCAGGUAACUGGAUCUUGGAGCGCUCUACAGACGGCGUGACCUUUGAACCCUGGCAGUACUACGCCAUCACAGACACCGAGUGUCUGACGAGAUUCAACAUAAAUCCACGCAGAGGACCUCCGUCUUACACCAGGGACGAUGAAGUCAUCUGCACCUCCUUUUAUUCAAAGAUUCAGCCGCUGGAGAACGGAGAGAUUCACACGUCUUUGAUCAACGGCCGCCCCAGUGCCGACGACCCCUCGCCGACCCUGCUCAACUUCACCUCGGCCCGUUUCAUCCGUUUGGUGUUUCAGCGAAUCAGGACGCUCAACGCCGACCUCAUGACUCUGACGCUCAGUGACCCCAGAGACGUCGACCCCAUCGUGACGCGACGGUACUAUUAUUCCAUUAAGGACAUCUCAGUCGGAGGCAUGUGUAUCUGUUACGGCCACGCUAAAGCCUGCCCACUCAACACGGCUACAAAGAAGUUUAGCUGCGAGUGCGAGCACCACACGUGCGGGGAGAGCUGCGAUCGUUGUUGCCCUGGUUACCACCAGCAGCCCUGGAUGGCGGGGACCUUCCUGACUCGCCAUAUGUGUGAACAGUGUAACUGCCACAGUAAAGCGGAGGAGUGCUUCUUUAAUCAGACUGUCGCAGACCUGUCACUCAGCCUGGACAUGCACGGCAAAUACAGAGGGGGCGGGGUCUGCGUUGGCUGCCGUGACAACACCGGGGGCGUCAACUGUCAGAGCUGCGUUGCUGGGUACUACAGACCUGCUGGGGUGAGGCCGGAGGAGGAGAAUCCCUGUGAACCGUGCUCAUGUGACGUGCACGGUUCUGUCAGCCAGUCGUGUGUGGCAGAUUCAAACCAGGCUUCUCCCUCCCAGCAAGAAGGGUCAUGCUGGUGUAAGGAGGGUUUUGGGGGUCAACGAUGUGACAGGUGUGCCGUGGGUUACAUGGGCUACCCGUCCUGUCAGCGCUGUAACUGCAGCGUGGAAGGGAGCGCCAACGAUGACCCGUGUAUAACACCCUGCGUGUGCAAGGAGAAUGUAGAGGGAGAAGAUUGCGACCGUUGUAAACUGGGAUUCUACAACCUGAACGGUGACAAUCGGCGCGGCUGUGAGAAGUGCUCGUGUAUGGGUGUUUCCAGUCACUGCUCCGCCUCCAGCUGGACCUAUCAGAAUGAAUCCACGCUGACCGGCUGGCACCUGAUUGGAGACACGGGAGGGAGGGUGUGGUCCGUGCACAGAGACACGCCUCCAUAUCUGAGCGUCCGGCACGCGGACGUCGCGCGUGAUCUUGGCUCGGCCUACUACUGGAACGCACCUGGACUUUUCCUCGGGAACAAGAUCACUGCGUACGGAGGGAGUGUGGUUUACGCCGUGUCUUAUUCCAUCGACCAGCAAGAACAAAGAUCCAUCAGAGUGACCUCAGAGCCUGACCUUAUCAUAGAGGGCGGCGGGAUGAAGAUCGUGGACAGAAGGUUCGGCCGGCCGGUGUAUCCGUCCUCGCAAAGCACCAAUCGCGUUGUUCUUCUUCCAGAGAACUUUGUGGUUUCCGAGACGGGACAGGGGAUCAGUCGGAGAGAGUUCUUGUCCGUGUUGGCCAGCGUGACCUCACUGAUGGUGCGAGCCUCGUACAGCACAGAAACCAGCGCCGUGUACAGACUGCAUUCAUUCUCAAUGCAGGUAGGCAAUCCUACUGCACGAGGAGAGAGUAGAGCAUCAGCUGUAGAAGUUUGUGUUUGUCCUCCUGGAUAUGCUGGAACAUCCUGUGAGGCUUGUAUUCCUGGUUUUCGGAGGGUGAACGGAAAUCUGUACAACGGCGUGUGUGAAGCUUGUCACUGCCAUGGACACGCAACACGGUGUGAUGAGGUCACAGGACACUGUGUGGACUGUUCCCACCACACCUAUGGGCCCCACUGUGACACUUGCCUACCUGGUCACUAUGGUAACGCCACCCAUGGUUCACCCGCAGACUGUCAGCUCUGCGCCUGCCCACUCAGUCUUCCUAGCAACAACUUCAGCCCCACCUGCCACCUGGGCGAGGAGGGGGAGUUACUCUGCGACCAGUGUCAGCCAGGAUACACGGGACCACGAUGUGACAGAUGUUCUAACGGAUACUACGGCAGACCUAUGACACCAGGAGGCCUCUGCCAGCCGUGUGACUGCAGCGGUAAUCUGGACUUGUCGGCACCUGGUAGCUGUGAUCCAAUCACAGGCCAGUGUCUGCACUGCCGGCAAGGCUACGGCGGUGCGGAGUGUGACAGCUGUGCUGAUGGUUACUAUGGAGACGCUCUCAUCGCAAAAGACUGCAGACCCUGUCAGUGUCAUACGAACGGCUCGGCACACGAGGUGUGCAACAAACAGACUGGACAGUGUCCGUGCAAAGACAACGUGGUUGGACAACAGUGUGACGAGUGUGUGCCUAACUGCUGGUGGGACGCCGAGCGUCAGGACUGUGUGCCCUGUCGCUGCAGCGCGUACGGCUCUAUGUCUCAGCGCUGCGACAUCGAGGGCCGCUGCAUCUGCCGCCCCGGCUUCGUGGGCCGCCGCUGCGACGCCCGCCGCCCGAGUCACGAGCGGCGGGAGACACGGCGCCCCGUGGAGCGCGUCCCCGUGGAGGCCGUGCAGCAGAGAUGGGGAGGGCCGUCGCGCACGGGGGGCUGCCCCAGGGGGGCGUACAGGCCUAAGACGGGGGCUCAGACCCACGGCCUCAGCACGCGUGGACAGUGCGUCCCCUGUCACUGCAACUCGUUCGGCUCCAAGUCGUUCGACUGCGACGAGACCGGCCAGUGUCGGUGUCAGCCGGGCGUCGGCGGGCCCAAAUGUGACCGCUGCUCGCGAGGGUUCUUUAACUUCCAGGAAGGCGGCUGCACACCCUGCCAGUGCAGCCAUGUGGGAAAUAACUGCGACGCGAGCACAGGACAGUGCAUCUGUCCUCCCAACACUGUCGGCGAGAGGUGUGACCGCUGCGCUCUCAACCACUGGGGCCACGACAUCGUAACUGGCUGCAAGGAGUGUGGCUGUAGCGUGGUCGGCUCCGUGACCCAGCAGUGUAACAUGAACACAGGCUGCUGCUUAUGUCGGGACUCCUACAGAGGAGAGAAGUGCAACGAGUGUCAGAUCGGAUACAGAGACUUUCCUCAGUGCACGCAGUGCGAGUGUAACGUGGCGGGAUCGGACAGCCAGACCUGUGACCUGGAGAGGGCAGUCUGUGCCUGCGCUGACCGCACGGGAAAAUGCAGCUGCAAGGAAAAUGUGGAGGGAGACAACUGCGACCACUGCAGGACCAACACGUUUGGGUUGUCGGUGCGAAACCCACUGGGCUGCAGCAGGUGCUACUGUUACGGGCUCACACACUCGUGCACGGAGGCACCGGGACUGAUCCGGAUGUGGUUGACACUGAAGCCGGAGCAGACGGUGCUCCCCCUGGUGGACAAAUCAAACGCAGCUGAGACGAGGAGAGGAGUGAGCUUCCAGCACCCGGAGAUCCUCGCCCACGCAGACCUGGUGACGUCCACUCUCUCUGAACCCUACUACUGGAAACUGCCCGAGCAGUUUAGAGGCUCCAUGAUCACAGCGUAUGGCGGUCAGUUGAAAUACGCGGUGUACUAUGAGGCCAGAGAUGAAACCGGUCCCGCCUCCUAUGAGCCGCAGCUCAUCAUCAACGGCGGCCCCACGCGCAACAUCGUCAUCACCCGUCACAUACCAGGACUCCAGAUCGGUCAGCUCACCCGACACGAGAUCGACAUGACAGAGCAUGAGUGGAAGUAUGCAGAUGGCCGGUCCAUGACUCGCGAGGACUUCAUGGACGUUCUGUUCUAUGUGGACUACAUCCUAAUUAAGGCGUCCCAUGGCAACUUGAUGAGACACAGCCGUAUUUCAGAGAUCAGUCUGACGGUGGCUGAAGAAGGUCGACCGACCAGGCAGAGCGAGAAAGCCCAUCAGAUAGAAAAAUGUGACUGUCCAAUCGGAUACUCGGGACUUUCUUGCGAGGAGUGUGCUGCAGGUUUCUACCGUCUCCGCUCCGGCUCCCUGCCAUCUGCCCCUGCUUCCAGAGUGCCCAGCGCUGCCGGCAUGGGCAGCUGUGUUCAGUGCCAAUGCAGUGGGCACUCCUCCACCUGUGACCCCGAGACAUCCAUAUGCCAGAACUGUCAAGACAACACAGAGGGUGAUCGAUGUGAACGUUGCGCUCCAGGAUUCUAUGGAGUGGUCCGAGGUUUUCCUGACGACUGCAAACCAUGUGCCUGCCCCCUUGUCAACCGAGAGAACAAUUUCAGUCCUUCCUGUGUCGCAGAGGGAUUUGAUGACUACAGAUGCACCGCCUGUCCUGAAGGAUAUGAGGGCAAAUACUGUGAGAGAUGUUCCACUGGUUACCAUGGUAACCCAAGGAUGCCAGGUGGUCGCUGUGAGGAGUGUAAGUGUUACGUGUGGGGCACGUUGCCCGGACCAUGUGACCCUGUUACAGGCCAGUGCCCUUGCAGGGUUGGGGCCUCGGGAAAGUCGUGUGACCAGUGCAUGGAGAGGCAUGUGUGUGGACCAGCUGGAAUCAUCUCUUGUGAUGACGAGUGCUCGGGUCUGUUGAUAAGUGACAUGGACCGGCUAUAUCGCAUCAUCACUGAAGUCACUCUGACCACACCCCUCCCACCACCGUAUAAGAUGUUGUACCGCUUUGAGAACAUGACGGAGGAACUCAAGCACAUGCUGUCGCCUCAGAAAGCUCCGGAGAGAUUACUGCAACUGGCCGAUUCCAACCUAGGAUCACUGGUUGUUGAGAUGGACCAGCUGCACAGCAGGGCCACUAAGGUGUCUGCCGAUGGAGAACAGGUUGAAGAUGAUGCCGACAGGAUUCAUAAACGAGCUGAAGACCUGGAGCAGUUCAUUAGGGAUACUCUGCUGGGAGCUAAAGACCUGCAGUUGAAGGCAGCUGAGUUGAACCAGACUCUCUCGCGCAGAGAUGGAACCCCAGACAAAAGCCUGAAGGAGAUGAAGGAUGAGAUCCAGGCCAUGCUGGCCGAGAUGAGAAGACGACAGCUGGGAGGGAAAAAGGGCAUUGCCGACGAGGAGAUGGACCUCGCCGAGGAGCUUUAUCAGAAAGUCAAGAGGUUGUUUGGUGACCCUCAUCAGGCCACAGAAGACCUGAAAGCAGAGAUAAAAGGGAAACUCUCGGACCACGAGGGGAAGCUCCAGGAGGCUGAGGAGCUGCUCUAUUCUGCGCAGGGAAAGACGAGGCAGGCCGAGUCACUGGCUGAACAAAACCAGGCUAACCUCACAGCCCUUGAGAGGAAGCGCUCAGCAGUCAGUGUGGUGAAGCAGGAGGCACACGAGGUCCUUGGAGAAGGAGAACGACUUCUGGACGAAGCAAACCAGCUCUCUGACAACAUCAACAAAGGAUUAGAGGAAUUGGAGGAGAUGCAGAGAGAGCUGGGUCCUCUCCACGACCAGCUCGGCGAUCGAGUCGAUCACCUCACCACUGGUUUAACUUACGGCCUCCAUAAUCAUGUUCAUGAUGCAGAGGAACAUGCCAAGCAGCUGAAUGAGUCUGCUGCCAUUUUGGAUGGUAUUUUGGCUGAAGCAAAAAAUCUCUCCUUCAAUGCAACCGCUGCCUUCAAGGCGUACAGUAACAUUAAAGCAAACGUGGAUGAAGCGGAGAAAGAGGCAAAGGCGGCCAAACAGAGGGCCAGCGAGGCACUAGCACUGGCUUUGGGUACAGAGGUUCCAGUGAAGGAUGAAGCUCAAGGUGCUCUUCACAAGAGUCAAAGACUGCUCAACCAAGCGAAACAACUGCAAAAUGAUGUCAAAGAGAAUGCAGACAGUGUCACAGGGCUGAAGGGCAGAGUUAAAGCAGCAAGAGACAAAACCAAAGACCUGCUCAAAGCUGUCAAUGGAACCAUGGCAACCCUCAGUGCUAUCCCCAGUGAUACUGCAGCUAAGCUAGCCGCUACAAAGGCUGUUGCAGCGGACGCUAACGCCACAGCCAUAGAUGUCCUCGAGCGCCUUGGAGAUUUGAAUCUGCGAAUCCGUGGCUUACAGCAGAACUACAGUGAGCUGGAGGACACUGUGAAUGCAGCCAAUCAGAUGAUCCAGGACCCCGAGAAAAACAUCCACGCUGCAGGAGCUAAAGUGAAGGAUUUAGAGGACGAAGCUGAUAGGUUGCUGGAGAAGCUGCAGCCAAUCAAAAAGCUGCAGGACAACUUGAAGCGAAACAUCUCGCAAAUCAAGGAACUGAUCAACCAAGCCAGGAAACAAGCCAACUCAAUCAAAGUGUCGGUGUCAUCAGGUGGUGACUGUCUCCGUAGUUACCGCCCUGAUAUCAGGAAAGGCAGGUACAACACCAUCAUCCUUCACGUUAAAACCACAACACCUGAUAACCUCCUCUUCUACCUGGGAUCAGCCAAAUAUGUUGAUUUCUUGGCCUUGGAGAUGCGUAAGGGGAAGGUGAAUUUCCUUUGGGACAUGGGUUCAGGUGUGGGGAGGGUCGAAUAUCCCCAUCACACCAUCCAUGAUGGGAACUGGCACAGAAUAGAGGCAUAUCGUAAUGGAUUGAACGGUACCAUAUCAGUGUAUCCACUGGAAGGCUCCAUGGCUGGUAUGAUGCCGACCCCAGCGAGUGCCAACUCGCCCACGUCCUACUCUAUCCUGGACGUCGACCAGAACGCCUACCUGUUCGUGGGAGGGAUACUCGGUACUGUCAAGAAAGCAGAUGCAGUGAGAACAACAACAUUCACAGGCUGCAUGGGGGAGACCUUCCUGGAUAGUAAACCCAUUGGACUGUGGAACUAUAGAGACAGACAGGGAGACUGUAAAGGAUGUGCUGUCAGCCCCCAGAGCUCCAACAGUGAGGGAAUAGUCCAGCUGGACGGUGAAGGCUACGCCGCAGUGGGACGACCCACCAGGUGGAACCCCAAUAUUUCCACCAUCACCUUUAAGUUCCGCACUUUCUCCUCUGAAGCCCUGCUCAUGUAUCUGGCCACUGAAGAUAUGAAGGACUUCAUGUCCCUCGCGCUGACAGAGGGCAAGGUGAAAGUCAACUUUGACCUUGGGUCAGGGGUUGGCAGCGCCAUAUCAUCUAUCCGCCACAACGACGGAAGCUGGAAAUCCCUCACCAUGUCGAGGAACAAGAAACAAGCCACUGUGACUAUAGUGGAUAUUAACAGCAGUGCUGAAGAGAAGAUAGUAGCCACAUCACAGGGUUCAGCUACAGGUCUGAACCUCAAGGAACACCAGAAAAUCUAUUUUGGAGGGCUGCCCACGAUUGGGAACUACAGCAUGACAGCCAGGUCAGAGGUCACUCUGAAGCGGUAUGCGGGCUGUCUGCGGGAGAUUGAGGUCUCCAGAACGCCGUAUAAUCUCCUCAGCGGUUCAGAUUAUACUGGGGUCACUAAAGGAUGUAAUGUAGAGAACCUGUACACGGUCAGCUUCUCUAAGCCAGGAUACAUGGAGCUGGGUGGAUUUUCGUUGGCCGUCGGCACAGAGAUCAGCCUGUCAUUCAGCACUCUGGAAGACACCGGGACCAUACUGCUCGCUGUAGGCGGAGCCUCACCAAUCGGCCUAAAGGCUCGUAACACAAACUUCCUCAGCUCUACGAGGAGACGCAGGCAGUCAGGAGAGCCCUACCUCUCUGUCAUGCUGAACAAAGGCUCUCUGGAGGUUUUGGUUUUCACGGGCCACCAUAGUCCACGUCGUGUCAUCAGGCGACCUGAGCAAGGCAUACUGAAUGAUGGGAAGGAGCACUCACUGCGCAUAGAGCGGCUGGCUGGCAGAUCAUUUGCAGUCCAAGUUGAUGAGGAGGCCAAGAGGGAGGCAACACUUCCCAACGAUCAACCUAUAAGCUUGCAGCGCAUCUUCCUGGGUGGUAUUUCUGUAGAAGUGGAGCAGACAUCCAACAGAGUCAACAUCCCAUUCCAAGGUUGCAUUUGGAACCUUAUGGUCAACUCAAUCCUCUCAGACUUCUCCCAGCCGGUGUCUUUCGAGAAUGCUGAAAUCGGCCAGUGUCCCAGUCUCGCCCCCGAACCACUUCUACCUCCUCUGCCAGAGGAAGAAAAGGAAGAAAAGGAGGAGAAGCAGGAGGAGAAGCAGGAGGAGCCACAUCGUCCUCCACUGACCCCAGCCCCACCUCUAGAGCCUCCUGCUGAGGCCACGCCCCCUGCCCCUCCUGCUGCUACACCCACUGCUGCUACAGCCCAGACCACUGCCAAACCGGACCCCAGGGCUGACUUGGAUUCCUGUGCAUCAGCUGUGGCCCCGACAGCGCUCGAGAAGGCCUAUCAGUUUGGACUCACCAGGAACAGCCACAUGAGCUUUGCCUUUGAUGACGCCAAAGUCAGAGAGAGGCUUAUAUUAGAGUUUGAGCUGAGGACAGAGGAGGAGUCUGGGCUCGUUCUCUACAUGGCGAGAAUCAACCAUGCUGAUUUUGUGACCAUACAGAUCAAGGACGGACAGGUUUGUCUUGGUUAUGAUCUCGGCCAUGGGAACAUUUCUGGCUGCGUUCCCUUCUCCAUCAACGAUGGGAACUGGCACAAGAUCCGUGUGAGUCGUAACAAGCAGAGAGGUCUUCUCAUGGUUGAUGGACGAUACAGUAAACAGAUGAUUAGUCCUAAAAAGGCUGACUUGUUGGACGUGGUGGGAAUACUGUACGUUGGUGGAUUACCUCAAAACUAUACAACCAGGAGAAUCGGACCGAUUCUCUAUAGUAUCAACGGAUGCAUCCGUAACCUGAAAAUGGUGGGAGGUGCCGUGAGCACGAAGCCAGCCACUCCAGGUCGCUCUGAGGCCGCCAUCGAAGACUUUAAACUGGACAUGGCCACACCCACCGCUAGUCAAAUGGUAGGAAGAUGCUUUGUUGCCACGGAGACGGGCACCUAUUUUGAAGGCACUGGCUUCCUGAAAGCAGUGGCUUCCUACAGAGUGGGUCUGGACGUGUCAAUAGAAUUAGAGUUCAGAACAAGCAGAACCAACGGAGUUCUUUUGGCCGUCAGUAACCAAGCCAACGAUGGAAUCGGACUAGAAAUCGUCGAGGGCAAGCUGCUCUUCCAUGUUGACAACGGAGCUGGACGAUUCACAGCUGAGCACAUGCCCGAGGGAGAGGGCUUCUGCGAUGGCGAGUGGCACUCUGUCACUGCCAACAAAAACCGCCACAGGGCGGAGCUGGUGGUCGACAGGAAGCAGAGCCAAGCGGAGAGUCCGAAUGCACGCUCCAACACCUGCGACACCAACGACCCCAUCUACGUGGGAGGAUAUCCAAGUGGAGUUCGUCAGGCAGCUCUUUCAACCAGCACGUCCUUCGGCGGUUGCAUGAGGAACCUUAGGAUCACCAAGGCUUCUAAAACCAUGGACGUGCACUUCAACAAGGCUCUGGAGAUUAAAGGAGUGCAGCCUCUCUCCUGUCCUGCUGUGGCAGCCUAACCGGUACUAACUGAUCAUAAUGAUCCCCCUCCUUUUGUUUCCACUAAUCCAACACACACAUCUUUGAAGAGGCAACAGGCAGAUUUUUAAUAUAAAAGUGACCCCCCCGUCUAUGAUUAAAUUAUGUUUUUAAACAUCUAAGACCUCACAAUUCCUUUGUGUUAAACUACAAGCCAAAAACAUAUGGACAUUGCAAGUACCUACUUAUUUUCAAAGUAACUAAAAUGUCUCCCUGUGCAGUUCCUAUAAAGCAAGACUAAGAAUUGUUCUUCCGCCCUCACACUUUCAUUAUGAGACCCUGACAUUUUGUACAAUGUAAGACCAGUUCAAUAAAUCUAUAAUGGC